CAGUGUUCUUUUUCGUAUUCGUUUCACUAUUAUACCCUAAAUAUUCCGUGUUACCUCAACCUCUGCACGCUGACAGCUGGCACUGCCGCGCUAACCGCAUGGCGAUCUUUGCUGGGAACGACGCGCCAACGAGCACGCGCGGCGCAGCUGAAAGUUCACUCCACCUUCGAUUUUCUUUCCCGGCCGUGUCACAAACCCUCUGCAAACACGCACCACCCCAACAUGGCGCUGGAGUCGCUGGCCUCGCUGGAGGCGCUAUUCGGCGGGCGCGCCGCCUUCACGGCCGCCGCCCUGCUGCUGCCGCUCAUUUUCACCUACGCCAUGACAUCACUUAGCGCGUACUGGAGCAGGCAUGUUCGCGGUAGCGGCGAUCCCCUGACGGUGCCAUAUGCCGUGCCGGGGGUGGCCAACACGUUCCAGUUCGCCUACGACACGGAGGGGUUCCUCACCAAGACGCUACGGCGCUUUGGCGGCGUGCCGUUCCGGCUCAAGGUGGGACUCGAAAACAUGUAUUACAUACCACCCGGCGAAGCGGUGCAGGCCAUGUUCCGGGCGGCGCGGGAGCUGUCGAUGAAGCCGAUCAUCGUGGUGGCGAUGCGCGACCAGUUCGGGAUGAGCCCGGCCGACGUGGCCGUCUUCGAGCGCGACGGCUCCGGCGACACGGCCAAGCCGCUCGACGGCUGGGAGCACAUGGACCCGGCCCGCCGCGUAUUCUACAACCAGCACCGCGACCUCGCCGCCGUGCUCAGCGGCCCGCCCCUCGACGCCAUGGUGAGCCGCUUCACGACCAACUUCGCCGCCCGCCUGCGCGCGCCCGCCGUCGCGAUCGGCGACCACUGGACCGAGCUGCCGGAUCUGUACACCUUUAUGCGCAACGAGAUGUUCCACGCGACGUGCCAGGGCCUGCUCGGGGAGCGCCUGUUCGAGCUUUGCCCGGACUUCACGCGCGACUUUUGGGAGUUUGACACGCAAAUGCUGACCUGCCUCCGACGGACGCCCCGGUGGCUGGCCCCGCGGGCGUACGCGGCGCGCGACCGGGCGCUGGCGUCGAUCCGCAAGUGGUGCGAGCACGCGCGCGCGACGCGCGACUACCGCGACCCGGCGCUCGCGGGCGUCGACUACGAGCCCGUCUGGGGCAGCCGUCUGAUGCGUGCCCGCGCCGAGACGUUUGACAAUGCCGGCUUUUCGUUGGACGGUAGCGUUGCUAUGGAUCUUGGGCUUUUGUGGGCGUCCACCGCCAACGUGAUCCCCGUGACGGGGUGGGCGCUGUUGAACGUGCUGCUGUCGGAGAACCUCACAAAGCGGGUCACGGCUGAGCUGGCCGAGUGCUUCGACGAGGGCAAGGAUGCAUUCGACCUGCCGGCGCUGGGCAGCAAGCCGUUGCUGAACGGCGUCUACCUCGAAUCGCUGCGCUUCUCGGCCGCCACUACGUCUGCCCGCAACCCCGUAACGGACGACUUUAAGCUCCGCGGAUGGAACAUGCCGAAGGACUCGCUGCUGCUGUCGAUCGUCUGGUUUGGCGCGCACGACCCCAACUUCUGGAACCAGGGGCGCAUCGGUCGUGAUGGGAAACCAGAGCAUCCCCUCGACUCGUACUGGGCCGAGCGGUUCCUCGAGUACCCGGACGACCCUGCGAGCGGCCCGGUGCGCAAGUCGGACGAAGUGAUUUAUUCUCCACCUCCCAAGGCCGCGGAGAAGACCGUCCAGGACGACAAGACAGCGAAGCCCAUCAGUCACACUUCUGUCUUGCAAGGCUACUUCUACCCUUACGGCGGCGGGACCAGGAUCUGCCCAGGGCGACACCUGGCCAAGCAGGAGCUGCUGUUUGCGGUAGCCGCCAUGAUGAAGGAGUUCGAGAUUGAGCUGGUCGAUCCUGUGUCGGCAAGGCAAGCGAAGCCGGAUAUGAAGAAGUUCCCGACGGGUGCCAUGGGUCCGGAUCGGAAACUGCCUGCGAGAAUACGGAGACGGAAAAGAUGGUAGAGCUUUUAAUAUGUGUGUGGUUCGCGAAGGCAAUAAAUAGUGUGCUAGGAUCUUGUAAUGGGAUAAUUAACAAAUAUAAACAUGUAUGGUUUGGUUGCGUGGGAGAGAGGAGAACGCAAUCCCAUUUGGAGAGUAAGGAAGCUCGGAGUGCAUUGUUCAAAAAACCCGAAGACAAGAGCACCAUCACGGGCCACACUCAUUGAUCCAUUGAUCUUUCGCAAUUGCUGUCAUUCC